ACUUACACCUCCAGCAGUGUCAUCUCCUCGCCACCUCCACAACCCGAGGGAGGGAGGGAGGAAAGUUCUUGUGUCUGCAGGAACUGCGGUCCCUGUCCCUCCUGUAGGGGUGUCUCAGUGCCCGACGCUCUCCGAGGAGGAGGAGCAGCCACUGCUGGGUGUGAGAGGAGCCGGAGCAGCCCUGGCAGCUGCCCUGCCGGGCCGGGCUCCGCUCCUCGGGCCGGGCUCCCCUCCUCGGGCCCCGCUCCGCUCCUCGGGCCCCGCUCCGCUCCUCGGGCCGGGCUCCGCUCCUCGGGCCGGGCUCCGCUCCUCGGGCCGGGCUCCCCUCCUCGGGCCCCGCUCCCCUCCUCGGGCCGGGCUCCCCUCCUCGGGCCGGGCUCCCCUCCUCGGGCCCCGCUCCGCUCCUCGGGCCCCGCUCCGCUCCUCGGGCCCCGCUCCGCUCCUCGGGCCGGGCUCCGCUCCUCGGGCCGGGCUCCCCUCCUCGGGCCCCGCUCCCCUCCUCGGGCCGGGCUCCCCUCCUCGGGCCGGGCUCCGCUCCUCGGGCCGGGCUCCCCUCCUCGGGCCGGGCUCCGCUCCUCGGGCCCCGCUCCGCUCCUCGGGCCGGGCUCCGCUCCUCGGGCCGGGCUCCCCUCCUCGGGCCCCGCUCCCCUCCUCGGGCCCCGCUCCCCUCCUCGGGCCCCGCUCCCCUCCUCGGGCCGGGCUCCCCUCCUCGGGCCCCGCUCCCCUCCUCGGGCGCUGCCCGCAGCCUCCGCCCGCAGCACCGGCCGGCCCCGGGGCUGGCCCGGGGCGCUCCCGGGCUGGACCGUGCCUCUCCUGGCCUCUCCCCUGCUUCCAGAGAGGGGCCGUGUGCCGCAUCCCGGGCGGGGACCCUGGCUGUGCCCCGCCGCGCAGCUCCUUCCCGAGAGCCCCAGUGCGGUUCGUCUGUGCGGGGACAGUGCAUCUCCCACCCCACACAUCUCCCAUCCUGCACAUCUCCACCCCGCGCAUCUCCGCCCAGCGCAUCUCCCGUCCCGCAGAUCUCCUCCCCGCGCAUCUCCCAUCCUGCAUAUCUCCAUCCCGCGCAUCUCCAUCCCGCGCAUCUCCACCCCGCGCAUCUCCACCCCGGGCAUCUCCACCCCGGGCAUCUCCAUCCCGCGCAUCUCCGCCCCGCGCAUCCGCGCCCCGCACAUCUCCAUCCCGCGCAUCUCCACCCCGCGCAUCUCCACCCCGCGCAUCCGCGCCCCGCGCGGCGCGGCCGCCCCGCUCCCGCCGCUCCGUGUGCCGGCCGGGCAGGGGCAGAGGGAGCACUGUGCUCCUGUGUCCGGUGCACCUCUGAGCGGAGAGAGGCUCGGUCUGCAGAGAGCCCAGCCCCGAGCGAGCGUCCCCGGAGUGAACCCGCGCCUCCAUCCCUCGGUGUGCGUGCGCUGUCAGUGUUAA